GGCUAUUAGCCCCACUCAAGAAUCAAAUCAACAGUAUGGCUGCACCCUGCUGCUGUAGGAAGAUAAAACAAGACAUUGAGCAGCAAAAACUCCAUUUCUGAACUUGUUACUACUUUUUUUAGUUGCUAUCGAAAGAAAGAAGAAAUGGAAACAAAGGUGGGAAGAAUAAAGCUAGGAACCCAAGGCCUGGAAAUAUCUGCUCAAGGCCUAGGCUGCAUGAGCAUGUCAGCCUUCUACGGUCCACCUAAGCCUGAACCUGACAUGAUCAAUCUCAUCCACCACGCCAUCAACUGCGGAGUCACUUUUCUGGACACCUCCGAUGCUUAUGGUCCACACACUAAUGAAAUCCUUCUGGGAAAGGCAUUGAAAGAUAUCAGAGACAGAGUUGAAUUGGCUACUAAAUUUGGUGCUUGUUUUGUGGAUGGUAAAAGGGAAGUCCGGGGUGACCCUGCUUAUGUAAGGCAGGCUUGUGAAGGCAGCUUGAAACGCCUUGGAGUGGAGUGUAUUGAUCUUUAUUUUCAGCAUCGGGUUGACAUCAGGGUUCCUAUUGAAGUCACGCUGGGAGAACUGAAGAAAUUAGUUGAGGAAGGUAAAAUAAAGUACAUAGGUCUAUCUGAGGCCUCAGCAUCAACUAUCAGAAGGGCACAUGCCGUUCAUCCAAUAACUGCUGUGCAGUUGGAAUGGUCCUUGUGGGCUAGAGAUGUUGAGGAAGAAAUAGUUCCUACUUGCAGGGAACUUGGUAUUGGUAUCGUUGCCUACAGUCCCCUGGGGAGAGGAUUCUUUUCCUCGGGGCCUAAACUGGUGGAAACUUUUUCUGAUGGUGACUUCAGGAGGAUGCUUCCAAGGUUCCAACCUGAAAAUCUUGAGCAUAACAAACACCUAUUUGAGCGGGUUAAUGAGAUGGCUAGGAGAAAAGGGUGCAGUCCAUCACAGCUUGCAUUAGCAUGGGUCCAUCAUCAAGGGGACGAUGUCUGUCCUAUACCUGGAACCACCAAAUCUGAAAACCUAAAUGAGAAUGUCAGGGCAUUGUCUGUGAAAUUAACACCUGAAGAGAUGGCUGAAAUAGAAUCCAUUGCUUCAGCAGAUGCUGUUAAAGGAGACAGAUAUGUGGACACUGUCCCAACCUACAAGAACUCUGACACCCCACCCUUAUCUUCAUGGAAACCUGUCUGAGAAGAUGCAUUUGGUGAUAUGUAUUCGAUCUUGUAAAUGAUCUACGUAUUGACUUAAUGUACUAUUGCCUUUUAGAUGUUCGGAACAGUGGAGAGUUCCUAUGUUCUAAGAAUAAGUUCUCUGUCAAAAUUAUCAAAUGUUGGUGUGAGUCCACAAACCGAGAAGUUUGUAUCUGAAGUUUAUCUUGUUGACAUUGUAUAUUCUAAAGCAAAAAACAUAUGAGAAAGAAGCAUUAAAUAAGUUGUGAAUAUAUGGUCCUGAAUUCUUAGAAGCAUUAGUUGAAUAUCUGUAAAAUUGCUUAGCAAUAUCGAUCGUGUCCAAAUUUCCUGUUAGCUUUGAAUGGUCGUGUUCUUCAUUACUAUUCAUAACUGCCUCCUGAGUCCUGACAGUAAAAUAUGA